CCGCGUCCGACGCGGAACAGCAAGGGCCGCAACGUGAACUUGCAGCGGAUACGGACGCGCGAAGAGCGGGCCGAGGCGAAGCAAAAGCAGUACCGGUACCUGUACCAAGUCCGUACUGCCCAUGGUGACGUCAUUAGCCAGAACUACUUGCAAGGACUGCAGCACAAAAGCGUGACGCAGCAGCACGUGCACGACACAUCCACGCUGAACUCGGACACGACCCACCUGACAACCCUGGCAUCGGAUCACCCGCAACUGACCCCGUUGACUCAAGCAUUUCGCGAAGAUUCCUUCAGUGAACACGGGGCUUGACGAUGAGUCCGGGGUUUUUUUUUUUUAUCGCGUGUGGACCGGAAAACUUCCUUUUGAAGGGUGACAUCUUCAUUUUUUUUUUCGAAAAAAAAAAUCCUCGUGGUUGUUUUUUUGGCGUGGUUUUUUUUAAUGUUCGUCGGGAUGGAAAAACUUGCUGAGGAAACGACGACCUGCGAUCAUUGUGGUGGUCCAUUCAGCAGGGAGGCCUUCCCCGGAAAGAAUAUCGCGUUUUGGUUCCACUUUAGUGGAGGUGUUCAGUCAGUAGUGUGUCUCGUCAGUGUUCGAAAUAACGUCGGCGAGAGAAGGAAAAUUCGCUGGAAAUCUUGAAUCGAAAAAUUGAGAAAACGACGGGCUUGACGAAGGGCAUUCGGAGAUUUCUGAACUGCUGCUCGUUUUAUCGAAACUUCCACUCCGAUAGCGUCUUCUUCUUUAUUUCGAUUAGUCCCUGUAACAGAGUAGAACUGCUGAAAGUAAGAAUUAAAUUAAGACUGCAUGUCAUCGAUUCAAAUCGUUCUCGUGAUGCAUCGGACGGAGCAUAGAAAGUUUCUGAUUCCUGUGAUCACUUUUGCACAUGUAAAAAUGUGAGUCUUUAGUUUUGUCAGUACAGUAAUCUUCAAGGUUUUGUCUCUGAAAUAUUGCUUCGCUACGAAUUUUCCUUCGAGAUACGAAAAAAAAAAUUGCUGAACUAUUGUAUCAAUUCUAAUGAAACCUGUUUUUCGAAUAUCGAUCGAGUUACGACUUUCUUUGAUUCGGAAGGAAAUUUCCGAAUGCCCCCUUCGUGUGUGAAUGUGUGAAGCUCGUGAGACAAGGUUUUCGUUGCUGUGCUGGAAAUCUUGUAACGAUUUCUGAACGUAGUAAAGGAAUCGCCUUGUUUGUUUCUAGUCAGGAAUGGAUUCUAUGGUGGGUCAAUAUUUCGUUUGUCACUGCCACAUGUCGUCUUGCUUCCGCAGGCAGCUGUUCUCCACUCAGCGUUUUUCUCUUGAAGAAACCUUAAACUGAGCAGCUGACACAGAUUUCUGUCCUUCCAAAAGUGAAACUUUUCUUAGCAUGAUGAAAUCAAGGGUUUUUUUUGAGGAGUUCUGCUGCUGGAGUCGAAUUUAUUUUCUUAUUUUACUCCUUAUUGUUUUUAAGAGGUGUAAAAACAGGUUGUUGUGGGAGGGUUUGUUUUUCAUUGCGGAGAAAAGCGUGACCAUGAUUUUUUUUUCUUUUUUUCGAGAUUUUAAUUGUCGAUGGCCUGGAACCUGGCCACAAAAUGCACCUGAAUCGUGCUCAACGUGAGUAGAGCCAACUUGGUGACCGGUUUGAUCGCUGCUUGAAAACCACUCGACAAACUCAAGCUACUGUAUUUAUAUCUCGUUUUUCGUAACUUUCUUUCUUCCCUCUGUGUAUUGUAAACGUGGUCUUCUGAUAUUUCGAGCUCUUCGAAUCCGUCUUUUCCUGGUGAACCUCUCCAACGGAAGUCGGAGUGCUUCUAUUCUAGUUCAGUCCUCUGAUUUUCAUUCAUUUUUUUUUAGAUUUUAUUUCCGGUGUGCUGGUGUUUUUACGUGACUUUUCACUGUUAGCAUUUGAGGAAGAGCGAAGGCGUCGAGUUUUUUCUCUUCCAGCGGAAAGCUGUGAUAAUUUUCUCCGCGAGUCCGAAUAGAACAUGCUGCAUUUUCUUCGUUACGAUUGACUGGCGGCCAUUGCUCUGCUUUUUCCGCGGUAUGACGUGACUGAUCGAGGCGAUGUACGUGAUAUGGUGAAGAAAAAUCUAUGACUAGCGUGUUUUUGUUUCCACCCGCGUCUAUUUGUAAGGCUGGCUUUUUACGGUACCCAUUGAAAUUGCGUGUUGCUUGUUUGACGAUGUCUUGAAAUUCGUGGAAUAUUUGUAGAGGGCUGAAAUUUCGGAUUAAAGCGCAUUUUGAAACCA